AUCGCUCGCGAGUGUGGGCGCCUGCGCGCAACCCGGUGGCCGUCGAUCGAGGGCGUGAAGUCGGAGCCUGUGACUGUGAGAGGCGCUUCCUCUCGUCCGAACGACGGCUGCUAUCCCACUUUCGUCGAUUGGAGCACGUACCCUUCAUUUUCCUUCUUUAAAUCGCCGCCCUACUUCCCCUCCACUUGGAGUGAAGCCAGCAGCGGCCUGGAGUUGGACUCGUGUCCCAGGCAGAUCAACCCCUCAACACCCAGCUGCCUACCUGCUGGCGGCCGCUGAGGUCGACCAGGGAACACGACAAAUUGUUUUUUUAUUUGUAUCGUGGGAUUUCACUGAGACCUCCAAAAAUGAUGCCGAUGAUAUUAACUGUUUACUUGAGCAACAAUGAGCAGGGUUUCACGGAAGUUCCAAUAACUCCGGAAACAACAUGCCGUGAUGUUGUUGAAUUUUGCAAAGAACCUGGCGAGAUUGGUUGCCACUUGGCUGAAGUGUGGCGAGGGAAUGAGCGUGCUAUUCCUUCUGAUUAUAUGAUGUAUGAACAUCUGCAGAAAUGGGGACCUCGCAGAGAGGAAGUGAAAUUCUUUCUACGACAUGAGGAUUCACCCAAUGAGAGUAGUGAACAAAGUGAGCGUCAAUCUCAAGAUCAGUUAAACCGAUGGAAUGGAAUAAACCUAUCUGCAGAACGGUUAGAAAAUGGGAGUGGUAAUCCAAGGGUAGAGAUGACCCUUUCAGAGCUGCAAGAAAUGGCUUCAAGACAACAGCAUCAGAUUGAGGCGCAGCAGCAGAUGUUGGUCGCCAAGGAGCAACGCUUACGUUAUCUCAAACAACAAGAACGACGCCAGCAGCAGUCCAUUUCAGAAAGUGACAAAUUACAAAAGUUAAAAGAACGAAUGGAGAGCCAGGAAGCAAAGCUGAAGAAAAUACGAGCCAUGCGAGGACAGGUGGACUACAGUAAAAUUAUAAACGGAAAUCUUUCAUCUGAGAUUGAGCACAUUAACACGAUGUUUCAUGAGAAGCAACGGGAGUUACAGUCGGCUGUGGUGAAAGUUGAUCAACUGACACAGCAACUCGAUGACCUGAGGAAAGGGAAAACAAAUGGGUUGCAUUCUUACAAUGGACAAGUGCCAGGUCCUGCUGCGCUUGAAUUAAAGAAGCUAUAUCAGGAGCUGCAGAUUCGUAAUAAACUUAAUCAAGAACAAAAUACCAAACUUCACCAUCAAAAGGAGCUGCUUAACAAACGCAACAUGGAAGUGACGAUGAUGGACAAAAGGAUUAAUGAACUUCGUGAACGCUUGUGGAAGAAGAAGAGCGAAGCCCGUCAAAAGGAAAACAUCCCUCAGAUGAGUCAGAUUAAUGGCACACAGUCAUCCCAGACCCACUCUAAUACCUCUGGGCGUGUCGCAGCUGUGGGACCCUACAUCCAAAUAUCCACUGGAACUAGACCAGAAUCUAAUCAGUCAUCGCCUGCAGAGAUAUUGAAACCUCAGACUUUGACUGUAACUAGCAAUGCUGGUCAUACUCUACCUAGAGGAAAAUCUGCUAAUGAUGGAAACUGGCCAACACUCCCUGCGGGAUCUGUUACCACAGGGAAACUACCUCCAACAGCAAAAAAUGACUGGAAGGAAUCCAACAUGGAUACAGUUUUGAAGCCUGGAACCGUGCAAAAUCAGCCCUUGCCCACCACUAUAGCAGUCCCAAGCAGUGAUAAAAUGAUGGGUAUUGAAACAGGAAGAGUACCUGCAACAGCACCGAAUGCAAUAAAGCAACUGCCUCAAUCUUAUGGACCUCACACAAAAUCUUUCUUGGCUAUUGGCUCUACAAAUUCACUGGAAAGAAUGAAAGAAAGCAGUCUGCCUCGGCCCAGUAUGGGUUCUGUUUCUAACACAACUGCAGAAACCUGGCAAAGACCUACCCAGCCCCCAACACCUGCAAACACAUUUCAGGCUGGUGCCUCGCAACAAAUUCAGCAGAGAAUUACUGUACCUCCGAGUCCAACAUACCAGCCUGUCGGUUCACCAAUGUUCCCUUCUGGAGACAACAGAUCUGAUCAACCACUAGCAGUGGCUGUGAGACCAUUCUUGGCUGAUAGAGGCUCUAGACCUCAGUCCCCACGAAAAGGGCCUCAAACUGUGAAUUCUAGUUCAAUUUAUUCAAUGUACCUUCAACAAGCUGCACCGCCAAAGAACUAUCAGCAGGCUGCAUAUAAUACUCUAAACAAAUCACAUACCAUUAAAGCAAUGUAUGGGAAGCCAGUAUUGCCAUCUGGUUCUGGUUCUGGUUCUGCUUCACCAUCUCCAUUACCUUUCGCUCAUCCCCAGCCUUUCCAUGGUUCCCUUCAUCAGGCCACUGAUGAGAUCCAAACAAAUGGGAAAGAACCAGAACAUGAGAGCUCGCCAAGUACCAACUCGAAUGUUGAGAACAUCCCACGUCCACUCAGCCCUACAAAGUUACUGCCCAUUGUGCACUCACCACUACGUUAUCAGAGCGAUGCUGAUCUGGAAGUCCUGAGGAAAAAACUGGCUCAUGCGCCAAGACCUCUAAAGAAACGCAGUUCUAUAACUGAGCCAGAAGGCCCCAGUGGACCAAAUAUUCAGAAGCUGUUGUAUCAACGCUUUAAUACGCUAGCAGGGGGAAUGGACAACACCCCAUUUUACCUCCCAAGUAACUCUCAAGACUUUGGAGGUGCUUUAGCAGAUGUUGAUAAUGGUAACACCAGCCUAGCGGAGUCUGGUUCUGUACAACCCGAACCAAUUACUCAGCUUGAAAACCAACCAUCAUCAGAUGCCAAUGAUAAUCAGCUUCCUUCUCCACUACAUUCGGAACUAAUUCAGACAGAUAACGACAUCCCCUCUACAGUGGAGGACAACAACAAUAAUCCUGCUGUUGUUCAGACGGAGCAACUUCCAAGCCCUGAACCGGAGACCUUGUCACCAGAUGAUGUUCCUCCACCAUCCCCCGUCCCACCACCCUCUCCUAUUAAACGUACAAAUUUAAAAAAGCCUGAUUCUGAGAGAACAGGAUGUGGAAUGAGGGUAAAAUUUGAUCCCCUUGCUCUACUACUGGAUGCUUCUCUCGAAGGAGAAUUUGAUCUUGUGCAACGCAUCAUUUAUGAGGUUAAUGAUCCCAGCAGACCCAAUGAUGAAGGGAUUACACCAUUACAUAACGCAGUCUGUGCUGGGCACCAUCACAUUGUCAAAUUCCUUGUUGAUUUUGGUGUGAAUACAAACGCAGCAGACAGUGAUGGAUGGACACCACUGCAUUGUGCUGCUUCAUGCAACAGUGUCCAACUCUGCAAAUUGCUUGUGGAAUCCGGUGCUGCUAUUUUUGCCACUACAAUCAGUGAUGUUGAAACAGCAGCAGAUAAAUGUGAGGAAAUGGAAGAAGGUUUUGUACAGUGUUCACAGUUCCUUUAUGGAGUGCAAGAAAAAAUGGGUGUGAUGAACAAAGGUGUUGUUUAUACUUUGUGGGAUUAUGAAGCCAAGAACAAUGAUGAAUUAUCAUUCCAAGAAGGAGAACCUCUGACAAUUGUGAGGCACAAGGAUGAAGUUGAAACAGACUGGUGGUGGGCUCGAUUGAAUGAUAAAGAAGGCUAUGUUCCACGUAAUCUGCUUGGGUUGUAUCCAAGAAUAAAGCCUCGACAGAGAACUCUGGCUUAAGAUUAGUAUUAGCCCUACUCAUCAAAACCUGGAGCCAACACAAUACUCUUCAUAAUGGAAGUAUCCUCCACCCAGAAGAGAAAGUAGAUAUUUAUGUGCUGUGAUUUGGAUAUGCAGUAGUUUCCUUUAUGGUGCUUUUUCUUUGAACUAAGUCACAUUGCUACUUCCAAAAAAAACACCUACAUAUACAUGCUGGCGUGUGCAUGUUUGCACCAUACACAAGCUGGCAUGUGCUUGCCCAUGGUCCAUGUGCUGAAACUCAUGGCCCCGCAGUGGUGAGGUGAUCUCAGAUGGAAAGAAAUGGCGUAAAGGGAAUUAUUUCAUACAAGUUUGGUUUCUGAGAAGUUAAUUUAUAGAAUGGCUGUGGUUAGACUCAAAUUUAAUUUGGUUUUUUGAUGAUAAGCAAGGAGUUUGGAAUGUAUGUAUGAACAUGAAGGAAAAAUUAGUUAAUACUACAAUUGAGAUGAGAUACACUGCCAGAAUUGUUGAGAUAAAGGAAGUGUAUGUGAUUAAUGGAACGAUGGAUGUGAGAAAAGCACGUGAAUGUUGAAAUCCUUUAACCUGUGGCGUCAAUGGAAAUGAUGCAAUAACUUUCCCGACAUUUUGUUGCAGAACACUACAGCACUUCCUUGUAAUAAGUAUUCAAAUAUUUCUAUAUUAAAGAGCCUUAUUUUUUUCCCCAAAUAAUAUUUCUUUUUUGAAUUUUAGUUGCAAUAAGCUUAACAAUCUUUGAUUCGCCAAGUUUCACAUUUCAUCAUUUAAGUUCUGUUAACUGAGCACUAGUAUUGAAUGUAAAUAUUGUGUUGUGUAAGAUUUUAAUUAAGUGGGCUCUAAUGUAUGUGACUAAUUUUUUUCAUAGUUGAUAGUAAUGCACUGCUUAACAAGUUAUGUAAACUUGCACAAUAAAAUACAAUCGCAUGAAAGGUAA